AUGGGCCGCACAGCUGCUCGAGGCCACAUUGGGGGAGUUGCUGCGGCUGCCUGUCUCCACUUCUUCCCUCCCAGGUCUGCUAGGAAAUUGGAGUCAGCCAACUGUGAUCUUCCAGGAGGUUUGGAGGGGGAAAGGGGGCGGAGGCCAUGUCCUUGCUGCUCUCUGCUCUUCUCUGCUGACAAGCAAGAUGGAGAAGAGAGCACUCUUGUUUUUGUCUUGAUCCACACCGGUCACGGGAGACCACCGCGGUGCCGCUGUGAGGGCCAGGCCGGCCCACAGACGCUAAGGGCGCAUCUCUGCGGCCUGGGAAGCUGGUGA